CAUUAAUUUAUUUUCUUAUUUACUUUUUUGUAAGACGGAAUUUCGGAAAAAUCGGAUACAGGUACUUGUAACGGAGUUGUUUGUGUAUUGAGAAUUCUGCAUGCAUGCUUUUAUCCCUGCGUGUCUCAUAGUAAAACCAUGAGGUCUCUCUUAAUCGCUUCUGCACCUCCACGCUCACCCCCUCCCCCUAUAUACCUCUGAGGCAGGCAGCGUGCAGUCAGUGGCAGCAGCAGUGAGGCCAGGCACUGGUGGUUGACAUUAGUCAGUGCUCUCGCGCUCUCACUGAACUGCGGACGCCUCCGUUGUAACAUUCACCGCCAACGGCAGUUUUCCCGAAAGUGUGGCGUAGCUAUUUCAGUAAAGAUGGGUAGGCUGGAGUGUGUGACAGGGGGAAUAAAGACUCUGCUUGGGGCAAUACUAGUAAUUGCAGCGCUGCCUGUGAUGAUGCCAGUGCUUAUAGUGUUGUGGCUGUGGCGUUGUUUGGCUUUGCUGGUGGUGCUUAUCAAACACAGAAAAAUCGUGCACUUGGCUACAGGCAUCGAAGCACUCUUUGCUCUGGAUUCAGCAGGUGCGCGGGCAGUGAUCAGUGGGGUGCUGGUGGUGCGAGGACGUGUGGGAAUCGCUACUGCAAGAGAAAGAUUACUGGAGAAUGUUCUUAAUGUCAGGGAUUCCAAGGGUCGCCUAUUACAUCCAAAAUUUAGACAGAUGGUGAUAAAACGGUGCGGAGUUGUCGUCUGGAUGUGGGAGGAUAAUUUCCAAAUCACUAGUCACGUAAGGGAGAUGCAACGCGAGCUGAGAGACGAGAUUGAUCUGUUAGAAGAGAUAACCUCUCGCAAUAAACUCCCUUUCGUGCGAGGCCAAUCUGGUUGGGAAUUGCUCGUGGCCUCCAUGGCCAGCUAUGGUAACCAGCACGAGCCCCACACUGCAGUCUUAAUACGUCUCCAUCAUUCGCUUGGUGACGGUCGCUCCUUCAUUACUUUGCUGUUGUCUGCCCUGCUCGACAGUCCUCUUGAAAAACCACAAACACUCCCUAUAGCCCGCCAUCACCAACAAAGUCGCUUAGCUCGUCUGGGUCGCCUCCUGUGGGCAGUCUCCAAUACGCCAUGGGUGAUGCGUCGCGUGCUGAGGCGGGGUGAACCGUCACCACUACACGGGUGCCGCUUGGAGGGUCGAAAGAUAUUAGCGUGGUCCUCUCCUAUGUCGCUGGCAGCCCUCAAGGAAGGCCGAAGUCUAGCAGGGGUGACUGUUAACGACUUGUUACUGGCAGGCUUAGCUCAAGCCCUCCACAGAUAUUUCAGAUCUGUGGGAGACGCAAUGCCACAGCGAGUGGUGACGGUGCUGCCAGUAGACGUUACCCAGCCCACUGACCCUCUCGCAGUCGCUAACAAUCUGUCCCUCUGCACUUUUUCUCUUCCUACUGGCCCGAUGGCACCUGUGACGAGACUCGAGGCAAUUCAUUGCCGGCUGGAGAGAUUGAAGGCAUCGCCAGACAUCAUCGUCAAUUACGCGGUACUGGACAUGUUCACCAACUUGCUGCCUGGACCCCUGGCCCGCCGCGCCCUCAACACCCAUGGAGUCACCCUAGUGGCUUCUAAUCUACCUGGGCCUCAGGAGACUAUACACAUGUUCGGGGGAGCCGUGAACGACAUCAUGUUCUGGAUUCCCAACAAGAGCCGAACAGGAAUUGGAGUGUCCAUGCUGAGCUAUCGAGGACAGGUGCGCUUGGGGCUCAAUGUGGACAUCGCACUCGUGAAUUCUGAAGAGGUUGCUCAGCACUUACUAGAGGACACUAUUGUUCAGACAAGGCUACUGCUGAAGGAACUUGGAGCAGGCGAGAUCGAGCCCGAGGCUAUACUCUCAGACACUGUCCCGACAGCCUCCGAAACCGAACUACUGCUGGGAGAGGGAAAACCGCUCCCACUCCGGCCAGACCAGCCACCUCGAGUUCGCCCUGCCACCCUUACACAUAAAAACUGACAAACACCGCCAAGAGUCGAAUGCUGGUAUGUAAAAUAGUAUACUUGAUUUUGAAAUUCAGCUAUAGUUGAAUGCAAAUAUGAAGAUAUUUUAGGCCGGACACGUGUGUGAAUUCCCUACUGGCUAUAACUGUCACUUUGACUCAAACCAUAAAGGGCCAUCCGAUGACCUUGGUCAUAGGCAUGACACGUCGCUGAUUAUCAUGCUGUCGUCACUUGUUGUGGAUUGAUUUAUAUAUACAAAUCAUUGUUACUAUAUUAUCAUAUAUCGUUAUUUUACUAUAUUCAAUUAUUAGAAUACUAUUUUAAAUACCAAGUAACCAAUAUAUGCUUCUUAUAUUGAUGUUGAAGUGACAACGCGCUGCCGAGUGAGGUCUGUCUCCCUGAAGUAUCUUCGUACUUGCAUUCCACUUUUAUAGCAUUUACUAGAGAAAAGGACCGGCGCACGAUGAACAAAAUUUUAAACAAGUUUUGUUUUGUAUUCUAAUGAAGGUGUUUUUUUUUUUUUUUCUUUCGUUGGACAAUUCUCUUUACGGUUUACUACUGAUACAUAAGUUUAUUGGUGUGAAGAGCUACCACUUGUAUUGGUGUUGUCUUGGUAGCUUGAGAGUUCAUAGCGAUAACUGCUCGGAAGCUGUGGAUGAUUUUUUUUUCUUUUUUUUUUUAUGUAAGAGAGUAAAAUGAAAAAAAAAAAUCGCCCUUUAGAAUGCCAGCCAGCGUACAGGUCGGAGAGUUAGUCAAAAGAUAAAUGUCCUAAAAACUCCCUCUUAAAUGACGCCAAUUCAUAGAAAGAUGGAAAUACAGAAACAGGUAAGGAGUUUCAGAAUUUACCAUAGAAAGAUAUGAAUGACUGAGAGUACUUGUUAACUCUUACAGGUGAACAGAAUAGAGGUGAGAGACUAUGAGAGGAGGAGGAGGCACACAGUUAGCAAGAUCAGAAGAGCAGUUAGCAUGAGAAUAGCAUUAGAAGAUAGCAAGAGAUGCAACAUAGAGCAGCGGUGAGAAAGAGGAUGAAGUUUGAGUAGAGGAAUAGAGGGAUUGAUAAGACAAAAACCUCUUGAUUCUACCCUACCUAAUAAAACAGUGAGUGGAAACCCAUAAAUACGAGGAGUACUCUAUACAUGUGCAGAUUAGGCCUUUGUACAGAGUGAAAACUGGCGGAAAUGCCUCAGAACGCUUAACUUCAUAUAAACUGUUUUAACACGAGAUGAGAUGUGAAGUUUUUAGUUUAGAUUAUAGGUAAAGCAUAGACCGAGGAAGUUAAGUGUAGAAGAGGGAGGAGGGCAGUUGAGUGUCAUUGAUGAAGAGGGAAUAGUUGUCUAGAAGAUUGUGUCAAGUAGAAAGAUGGAGGAAUUAAGUUUUUGAGACAUUGAACACUACUGAAUUCUCUCUGUCCCAAUAAGAAAUUGUAGAAAGAUCAAAAGUCAGGCGUUCUGUGCACAUGGCAUCUCUGCGGGAUCUGUUAACUUCCUGAAAGGUUUGUCAUCUCUGAAAAUGUCGUAACAGCCUAUGCAGGUUAUCACAUAAGAGCUGCUUACCUUAUAAUGACCUCUUGAUGUAACUCAUUGUUAAAUGAAAAUAACUCAAGUUGACCAAGUGACUAGACUGCGGGUCCUGUCGUGGGGUAUUCACAAAAGCAGCUCCAUUAAACUAGAUUUAUUAUAUAAAAUAUAAACGUAAGCAAGCUCAGCAAUUACACACAAAAAACAACGUCAAAUCGCACGGCCACAUCUCUAUUAAGCAAACACCCAUUACUGUAAUUUUCUACAGACCUGUCUCAAACUGUACGUUCUUUGCUUCUCAGGAUUCAUUCUUAGUUUUCUCAUCAUCACUGUUCACUUAACACUAUGUCACGAUAACACUAUAAUUUCUCUGCACAGUGAUCACUACAUACAAAAUAUUACACCAGUUACUCUAGGUCAUUGAGGAUAGUAAAGUUCACGACUAGUUCACCAGGAUGGUCAAUGAAAAGAGAGGAAAGCCAAAGAUGGUGAUGAACAUUGAGAUGUCUAAGGAUGGAGAUCUUCACGAAAGGAUAGAGAGACAGAAUGUGCUCCCCUUUUGAAGUUAAAUAGUCAAAGAAUUUCCUAUAGUCAGAGGAACUACAUGAGUGGAAAAACAUCACAGGUUAAUUUAGUUAGACAGUGACUCUGGAGUCGUAGGCAGAUGGUGAAAAUCUCGGAUGAUUCAAGAGCGUGAGCACGAGUAAGUCAAGUUUUUUUUUUUUCACACAUAGAUACAGUAUCCAGCUUUGGAACGAAAAUGAGUAUAGAGAAAAUAGGUGGGAACAGAAAAUUUCUACUGUCAGUUGUCAGUUGCCUCAGACACCUUUGUUUCGAUGAGGAAAACAUGAGAUUUAGUAGAGAAGAGGUGAUUUUCUACAGAUAGAAAAUUAGAUCCAAGACUGCGAAUGUUGGAAAAGUUAAUUAUGAAAAGUUGAGAGGGGUGUCAAGAUAUAUAUGGUCAAUACCAGAAAAACAGUCCGAUCUGAGAGCUUUUAUAGUCCCGUACUUAUUAGGAGACUCUGAGGCUGGUUUUAAGAUUUAAGUGAAGGUGUGUGUGUGUGUGUGUGUGUGUGUGUGUGUGUGUGUGUGUGUGUGUGUUGAACUCCAUGUAGUUUUGUAUGAAGUAGAGUAGGAUUUAGAGAGCAGACUGUGACUGCUCUCUCUCUAAGACACAAAGGGAGACGUUCAGUGAACUUGUAAUGUGGUCUCCCUUAUGAAGGAUUACUGCCCUUCAUGUUGCUCAUACGGGAGUAAGCCCCGCCCUAUCCAGUUCGCUAAGAGCUAUCAGGCAGUGUUCUCCAUACUUCCUGUGCUGAUCCCAAACCUAGAUAAGACCAAACGAUAUAGGAUUCUCUUAAGGGAUAGCAACAGAGUGAGGGUACCUUUCUACUUCCUUCCUUCCCUGUUGAUUGCCACAAACAUACACAGAGGACAUUGUUUUGACUGACUACAUUUAUGACAACAUUACAUAUGGCAUAAACAUGUUGGUGUGCGUGUAUGUAUUUGUCUGAUAGGUGCAAGUGUGAGAAGAAAUUAAGAGAAAAAAGAUGUGUGAUUUGUAUUUGUAAGGAAAGACGAAGGAAACGUGUAACAAGAAGAUAUAGUUUUCAUAAAUAUGAAAAAUAUGACAUGAACAGUAAGAAAGGAGAGAAUGGGAAUAUGAAAGAAAACGGAUGAGUUUAGGGCACAGUACAAAGUCACAUCUAGCUUUAAUGGUAAGUUCACAGCACCUCCUGAACUGGUCUGUAAGACCAGAAAUUAUCGUUUCGGUAAGUGUUUACUACCUCCUCCUUUGUUGUGAUAUUGUGAGUAGUAGGGUUACGCAAGGCCGUUCCACACUGGAGGAGAGACACCACACGCAUGCACUGUAAAGCUACGUGGCUUGAUUGAUUGAUUGAUACAUUUAUUGUUGAAUUAAUAAAUAAUUACAACAAAGGAGGAGGAUCGGCCUUGCCACCCACCCCCUGGGCAAAGACUUAAGGUUAAAGUAUCAAAAAUAUA